UCUGCACUGCCAAUUUCCUCCUCUGACUCCACAGAUUCAACCUGCAACUUUGCUUCUGAAGGCUAUGGCCAUCGUGAUGAGCAUUUUUCCAGUUCUCCUUUGGAGAAUGAUGGCGUUUCAGGCAAACUUAUUGCAAGCUAAAGGAAUUCAGGUUCUCCCACCUGUUAACUUCACUCUCACAGUCUCUGCACUAGCAGAAGUACUUUUGCAAUGGAAACCAAACCCUGACCAAGAAAAGAACUACACUGUUGAAUACAAUGUGGAAAUUCUGACUCCUGAGAGGGAACCGUUUGAGACAAAGAAAACUUGCAUUACCCGUACGGCUGUGCUUCAUAAUGGUUUUUCUGCACGUAUUCGGACAUUGCUUCUCUAUAACAACUCGCAAAUAGAAAGUAACUGGGUUACAGCUAAACUUCAAGCUCCACCAGGUGCUGUUGAGACAUCAGUUACUAACUUAUCCUGUGUGAUUUACACGGACAUUAAUAAUACUGCAUCUCUUCAUUGCACCUGGCUUGCUGGCAAAGAGGCACCAGAAGAUACAAAAUAUUUUCUAUUUUACAGGUAUAAUAGCUACACUGAAGAAUGCCAAGAAUAUAGUAAAGACAAAUGGGAGAGAAAUAUUGGUUGCCGAUUUUCAAACACUUACAUAAAGACUAGUGAAGCUGAUGAAGUCAUCAUACACAUUAAUGGGUCAAGCAAGUACACUGCAAUCAAACCUUUUGAACAGUUAUUUAAUCCACAUGCCAUUGAGAAAGUGAAUCCUCCCAGAAAUGUCACCGUGUCUUUAAAACAAAACAACCUCCGGAUCACGUGGGAAAUGCCAGUUUCUUCUUUCAUAAAGGAAUGUUUUGAAUAUCAACUUUACAUCUACAACUGGAAGAUGGAUUACAAACAGAUACUGGAAACAGAGUUCAAUGAUUUCAAUUUAAGUAUUGAUGACACCUGCAGAUACUCCGUACAGAUAAGAGCUAAUCAUCAAUCAUGGUGUAGUGAAGGAUUUUGGAGUAAUUGGACUGAACCUCUUUAUAUUGGAAAAAACCAGCCAAGGACUCCAGUAGACUCCAAGGCCUACACGGUUCUCAUUGCGCUUAUAGUAUUCGUAUGUUCCACGGCAUUGCUUACUGCUAUAAUAUGCAGAAAGUCUUUUUAUAUACAGUAGCUCUGCUGCUUGCUGAAACCAGAAGGCUGAAUCUACAUGGCGGUCCACCAGUAAGAAACUACUCUGGCCUCAUUCUGAAAGACCCUUAUCAAAUCCUGUUAAUUGCCAACACCGCUGUGAAGUGUCGAGAACUGACUACCUGCCCAUGUUUCUCACUGUCAUGGCUCUCCAACUGAUGAUCGGUUUAUCUUUCCUUCAGGCGUUGUUGCUCCUUCUAGACAGCAGGAGUGAAGGACAGGGUAAAGAUGUGGCAACCUUUACUUUGUCUGCUGACAGACCCAUUGAGCCUUUGAAUCUUACUAAGAAAUCAACCUCUCCACCUGAGGACAUAAUAAAGCCUCCAAGCAAGCAAGGUGAUUGUGCUGGCAACCUCUCCCUUGCUGCCUCACUGCCGGAUAGCUAAGUGAAUUAAGACUACGAAAUCUCGAAGAAUAGCUUGCGGAAGCUAGCCAAAACUACCUGAAAAAUGAAACUUGUAGUGUUCCUCAAACUCUCCUCCUUAAUGAACUGGGAUGGGGCUAAUGGAGCAGCUGGAUGGUCACUCGGUAGCGCCCAAGACUUUGUUGCCUUGCUUUGCUCAUGUGACCCAUGGUUUGGCCCACGUGAGCAAAGGAGGGAUGAUUGCACUGGUGUCACGACACUAGUAGUGCACGAUAGUGGUAAGCCGGUCCGGACUAAACCGGCAGCUCACCCCACUCUGUAGGGCCUGUCUGUGAAUAUCUGGAUUGACUUUAUCAACAUGCCAAAAGGUUGCUCAUAUGAAUAUGUGUCUGUAUAGUCUCUGGAUGGAUUGAAGCCUUACCUUGUGCAGAGGCUGCCUCCAUCACAGUAGCAAAGAAAUUGUUUAGGGAUUUUUAUUGAUGAUUUGGUCUCCCUGUUUCUAUAAAAAGUGAACGUGGUACCCACUUUAUGGGUCAAGUCAUACAGCAAGUCUGCAAGGCUCUCCACAUUGAGCAGCCUUCACAUUGUGCUCACCAACCUCAGAGUGUAGGGGCAGUGGAACGGGAAAGGGGAACUUACAGACAAACUAGCCAAACCGUGUAAGGAAUCAAUCAUGAAAAGGUCCCCUUUGCUAUUUGGUUACCUAUUUGGUAAAUAACCAAACGUAUAUCCACAGAACUUGUCUGUUUUCCUGCUUAGAGGCCAUCCCUGUAGCUGAUAACAUCACCUGUACCUUAUUACAGUAUUCUCCCUCUCAUACUACAAACCCAGAGGCAUCGCAGGAAGUUGUCCACGUAUAUAACCAAUAGCUGUGGUAUAGCCCCUAUAGAAAAGAGACCCAGAGGGAUU